UCCAUUCUUUCAAAAAAAAAAAAAAAAAAACAAAUUUGUGGUUUCCAUGCUGGGUCAUGGUGGAUGGUACUAUUCGUUGUCGUAUUCUCAUUCUUUCUAUGAGAUAGUUCCCAUUUUCAUUCAUCAUUCCUAACUUUGCAUAAAAGUUGUUGCAUUAUAUGUGCCAUGUUUAGCCUCCAUCCACGGCCAACAUUAUAUUAACAAUUUCAUUGGUAAAUCAAAAACCACUUUCUUCAUUCUCUCUAGCCUAAACAUCCUCAUCUUCUUACUCACAUUAUGAAAUUCUCAUAUUCUCCUUAUGAUCCUAUAACUGCAACUGCAACACUUGGAGCUAUAGCUCUAAUAUUCUUUGUGAUAAGAACCCAUUUCAAAAGGUUCAAUCGAAGCAGCAAAGAAAAGCGCCAUGUGGUUGCUGGGACUAUCCUACAUCAGUUGUUCAACUUCCACAGGAUGCACGAUUACAUGACAGAUCUCGCCAGAAAGCACAAGACUUACCGGUUGCUUAACUUUCCCAUGUGUGAGGUUUACACUGCAGACCCCGCCAUCGUUGAAUAUAUCCUCAAAACAAACUUUGCAAACUAUGGGAAGGGGUGGUACCACUAUGGGAUAUUAACAGAUCUUUUGGGGGAUGGAAUAUUUACAGUGGACGGAGAGAAAUGGCAACAUCAAAGGAAAGUGUCUAGCUAUGAAAUCGCCACAAAAACAGUGAAAGAUUUUAGCCUUCAAGUGUUUAAAUCCAAUGCAGCAAAACUUGCACGAGUUGUUUCAAAAGCUACCAUAUCAAAUGAAACACUUGACUUCAAAGAGUUGUUCAUGAAAUCGACUCUAGAUUCAGUGUUUAAGGUUAUCCUUGGCGUAGACUUGGACACCAUUUCUGGAACAAACAAAGAAGGAACCAAAUUCUCCAAUGCAUUUGAUGAAGCAAGUGCCAUUACCUUGUAUCGUUAUGUUGAUAUUUUCUGGAGAAUAAAGCGGUUCCUCAACAUUGGAACAGAAGCAGCACUGAGGAACCAUAUUAAAGUGGUGGAUGAAUUUGUUUAUAAAAUCAUCAAAAGCAAGAUAGAGCAAGUCCAAAACUUACCACAUAAUUUGCCAAUGAGAAGAGAAGACAUGGUCUCAAGGUUUAUGGCAUCCAAAGAAACAGAUCCAAGUUAUCUUAGAGACAUUAUCCUCAACUUCAUGAUUGCAGGAAGAGAUACAACAGCUGCUACUCUUUCUUGGUUAUUUUACAUGCUCUGCAAGCAUCCUGAUAUCCAAGAAAAAAUUGCACAUGAAGUUCAAGCAGUAACAAAGUUGAACAACAUUUGCAAUAUUGAUGAACUUGCAGAUAGGCUAACUGAUGGGGCCCUUGAAAAGAUGCAUUAUUUGCAUGCAGCUUUGGCUGAGACACUCAGACUCUACCCUGCAGUUCCAGUGGAUAGUAAACUUUGCUUAUCAGGUGAAACAUUGCCGGAUGGAUUUAGUAUCAGGAGAGGUGAUACUAUAGCUUAUCAGCCAUAUGCUAUGGGCAGGAUGAAAUUCAUAUGGGGUGAUGAUGCUGAAGAAUUUAAACCUGAGAGAUGGAUUGAUGAAAGUGGAACUUUCCAACAAGAGAGUUCUUUCAAGUUCACUGCCUUUCAGGCUGGUCCAAGAAUAUGUCUAGGAAAGGAUUUUGCAUAUAGACAGAUGAAAGUUUUUACUGCUGUUCUUUCUUAUAGCUACAAACUCAAGCUGGCUGUCCAAAAUGAAUCAGUUAAUUACAAGACCAUGCUCACUCUACAUAUUGAUGGUGGUCUUCAUCUACAUGCUUCCCAAAGAUUUGGUCCCAUGUACUAGAAAUGGACCCAAAAGUCAAUUUAGUGGUCUAAAUAAGUUUAAUUUGUCUCCUUUGUUAAAAUCAGAGCUUGAUUUUGGUUAAGUGCAGAGAGAUUGUGUGUAGUUUGAGGUGAAAUAUAUACCAACUCUAGUUAUUUAGCAAUAACAUCAGAAAAUUAUGAGCCUUGGCUGAAUAAUACCCUCUAUCUGUUUCUGA